UAUAUAUUCGUCAAUAGUUUUAUUUAACCUUGAUUGUCGGUGUAUACGACAGUGGUUCGUUCUCUUAGUGUAUGUUUAUAACCUAAAUUUUACAUUCUGUAUCUGUCAAUAUAAUAUUUGUUAUUAAAUUUAUAUAAGCAACUAUUUAUCUCCUUGCAUACAUCAUUUUUAAAAAAUGUCUAAUUGCACAAUUAUUGCCAACUUUAUAUCUUGGAAUCUAUUAGCUGAAAAUAUAGAAAAUUAUUUACCUAUUGAAAUGAAGAUACACUUGUCAUCAGUAGAAAGCAAUUUAAAAACAUCCAUUGAAGAUAAAAUGAUUCCAUCGAUAAAAUGGAUAAAAAAUUCGUUAAUAGUAGUUGAAGCUUGUAUGGAUAAAACGUGGGAAGUAUUAAAUUCUGGUCACUGGCAAUUUGUUCCAAUUGAAUAUCGAUACUGUUACACAUUAUGUACUAUCUUAAAGGCAGUUCUACUGGAGCUUCAGUACAAUAAUGAUACUAAACAAUUUACAAAGAAUACAAUUUUGUUGAGGAAUAUUAUUCAGCAGAUUGAUAAAGGUAUUCUAUUAGGAGCACCACUUCCAAAUAUAAUUGAUUUAUUACCAAAAGUUGCUUCAAUGUUGAAUAGUUGUAUCACAGAGUCACUGGGAGAGUUAGAUGUAGAAGAAUUAAUUAUUGACUCUGAAAGUUUAUAUAAUUUUAUAUUGCCGGGAUUUACUGAAAUUGCUCAGUAUGUUGAACCUUCAAUGGAAUUAUUUUAUACAAAAAUAUUUAUGCCAAAAGUACCAGCAAUAAUGAAAGGUUGUAUCAAACAUUGGAAAGCUCUAGAACAGUGGAAAGAUCUAAAGUAUUUAAUUAGCGUAGCUGGAAGUAGAACGGUCCCUAUUGAAAUUGGUUCACGUUACACCGAUGAAAAUUGGUCACAGCAACUUCUUAGUUUUUCAGAAUUUCUACAAAAAUAUGUAUUAACGAAAGGUGACCAAGUUGGUUACUUAGCUCAACAUCAAUUAUUUGAACAGAUUCCUGAAUUGAAAGAUGAUUUUACAAUUCCUGAAUAUUGUAACUUUACAGACAAUGAUGAUGUGGAACAACCAGAUAUAAAUGCUUGGUUUGGACCUAGCGGAACUGUUUCACCUCUACAUUUUGAUCCUAAAAAUAAUCUUUUGUGCCAAAUAUUUGGACAUAAACGGAUCAUUUUAUACCACCCAAAUGAUUCAUCUAAUUUGUAUCCAUAUGAUACAAGAUUAUUGAAUAACACUGCACAAGUUGAUCCUUUGAAUCCAAAUUAUGAGAAAUGGCCUAAUUUUAGCAAAGCUAAAGGUUUGAUGACCUAUUUGAGACCUGGAGAAAUACUUUACAUUCCUCCAAAAUGGUGGCAUCAUGUAACUUCUUUGACUCCAAGUUUUUCGAUUAGUUUCUGGUGGAGUUAAGUACGAAAGAAUAUAUUUAUACAUUAUUAACGUGCUUGUAGUGCUCUCCAUGUACAAUGAUUUACUAAAGUAUUUGAAAGUUUUAAUAAAUACAGUAUAUAUGUAUGUUAAA